UGAGGCUACCACGGAGUUUAGCCAUGGAAUCCUUACUGAUAUUUAAAAAAUUGUAAAAAAAAUCUCCAAUUGCUGAUUAUAAGAAUCACUACCCUCAUCAUCAUCAGGACCCAUGUAUGAGUAUACUUCAAAGACUCUACUGAGAGAGACUUGAGAGAGAAAAAGAGAGAGAGAGAUGGGUAGAAGACCUUGCUGUUCAAAGGAAGGCAUGAACAGAGGAGUUUGGACUGCUCAGGAAGACAAAAUCCUCACAGAUUACAUUAGGAUCCAUGGUGAGGGGAGAUGGAGAGACCUUCCAGAGAAAGCAGGUCUCAAGAGAUGUGGAAAAAGCUGUAGACUUCGCUGGUUGAACUAUUUGAGACCAGACAUUAAGAGGGGAAACAUUUCCCAUGAUGAAGAAGAGCUCAUUAUCAGGCUUCACAAGCUCUUGGGAAACAGGUGGUCACUUAUAGCCGGGAGGCUUCCAGGGAGAACUGACAAUGAAAUCAAGAAUUACUGGAACACUAGUUUAUCAAAGAAGGUUCAAGGCCAUGAAACCUUUUCUGGUUCAACUCGGAAGCACUCGAUCGAUUUUGAAGAUGAAGAGAAAUCAAAGAAGAAGAAGAAGAAGAGGAUGAUGAAGAUGACAGAGACCAAAGAGUACUCCUGUACUGACGAACCAGUACAAUCACCAAUAAUGGAAUCACAUGUGGUCCGGACCAAAGCUUCGAGGUGCAAUUGGGUUUUUCUCAGUUCUAUUCCACAACCAAACGGUACCCAAGAAAAUUCUGAAAAUGGUAAAGCUCCAUUAUUAGAACCCAAACAUGAAGGCAAUCUAGUGGAAGAAGAUGAUUUAUCACCUAAUCUUUUGAUAGAUUUUGACUGUGACUGCUUCUCUGAUCUUCUCAAUUCAGAGUUAAUGUUUGAAUCUGGUAAUGGAGAAUCAGGUGAGCGAAGCUGUGAAGGUAACAGCGAUGGGUCAUUGCCAUCUUGGGAUCAACCAUUUCUGAGUCCUGAGACACAGGAGGCAAAUAAGCUGGAAGACUGGACUACAGUAAGCCAAUGUAUCAAACCAGAUUUGGAUUUCCCAUCCUUCAGUUCUAUCUUGGGUCAAGUAGAGAGUUGGUUAGGAGAUUGUUAACGGGGAUAUAUAAUUAACUGAUUAAUUACUUGUUUAGUUAGAUGGAUAUGUAUCCAUAUGCAUAUAUUUACCUCAAUUCUUGACUUGUUCUGCAAUUAAAACUAGUGAAUUAUCUUAAUCUGGUUAAAUUUCUUUGAUUUCA